UCUCUUGAUAUAAAUUAGGCUGAUUACUAUUAUUUUCGAGGGCAGCACGCACUCCGGUCUUCUGAGUGGAAGUCCCAGGCUCUCCCUUCCCCUUUGGGUGGGUCAUGUUUCCACUCCAAUUAUCUUUUCUCUCUGUUUCCUAUUGCUUUAAAAUCCCAUUUUUUUCGUGGCAAGGGGAGUGGGCAAGGUUUGAAUGGCAUUUCUUCCCUGGCUUGGAGCGGAGCGGAUUUCUUGGCACUUUUCCGGCUCAGCCCGCCAAUCCGCAGCCUUUGCGGGCUUGUUGCUCACGCUUUCUUUCUCAUCCCUUAGUUCUCCAUUGGCAUGGUUCUGCCCUUCAUUAAGAAAGGUGACGACAAGAGGAAGAAGCAAUGGCUUCCGUGGUUCUGAAAGCCAACUGCCAGAAACUACUGACAUUCAAAGAUGUGGCUGUUGACUUCACACAGGAAGAGUGGAAGCAACUGAACCCUGAUCAGAGAGAUCUGUACAGGGAUGUGAUGCUGGAGAACUACAAAAACCUGGUCUUUCUUGGUCUCCUCAUUUUUCAACCAGAUGUGAUCCACCAGUUGGAGAAUGGUGAAGUACCCUGGAGUCCAGAGGAAGAGGUCUCAAGAAGUUCUUGUUCAGAUUCUCUCAUUCAGGAGAUGUGUGAAACGGAGUCAGUUCCAAGACAGGGCAUUUCUAUGGGAAAGCCAUCCAAGAAAAGACUUGCAAAGGAUGAUCCUAGGGAUUACAAAUUGACAGGAGACUGGGAGUGUGAUAGCAGGUUACAAAGGCAGAAAGAAAACAAGGAAAGAAAAUCCAGAAAAAUGACCACCGAUCACGGUGGUAAUAAACUUGAGAGAAAUUUCAGUCUGAGUUUAAGCCUUCCACAACAGAGAAUUUCAAAAGGAAAAAGCAUUUGUAAACAUGGUGUUCUUGCCAAGAACUCCAAGCAGUUUUCCAGUCCCCUAAAGUGUUAUAAAAUCUCCUCAAAUAAGAACUAUUGUAGAUAUAAUGCAUGCAGGAAGUCUUUCAGUUACCACUCAGAAAUUGGUCAGUAUCAUCGAUCAGUCACUGGAGAAAAACCACAUGGGAAAUUUUUCAAGAAAACCUCACUUUGGAAGCAUGACAGUAUUCUUUCUCAAGAGAAAUCCUUUGUAUGCAGUGAGUGUGGGAAGGCCUUUAAAGAAAAAGGAAGACUUACAGAACAUAAGAAAAUUCACACAGGAGAGAAACCCUUUGAAUGCAAUGAGUGUGGGAAGACCUUCUACUACCCAUCAAAACUUACUCUCCAUAAGAGGAUUCAUACUGGAGAGAAACCCUUCAAAUGUAAUGAGUGUGGUAAAGCCUUCAUAGACAAAGGAAGACUUACUGGACAUAAGAAAAUUCACACAGGAGAGAAACCCUAUAAAUGUCAUGAGUGUGGGAAGGCUUUCUGUUACCGAUCAAGUCUUAUUGGACACAAGAGAAUUCACACUGGAGAAAAACCCUUUGAAUGCAAUGAAUGUGGAAAGGCCUUUUGUUACGCCUCAAGUCUUACUCUUCAUAAGAGAAUUCAUACCAGAGAGAAACUAUUUGAAUGUAAUGAGUGUGGGAAAGCUUUCUGCUAUCCAUCAAAGCUUAUUUUCCAUAAGAGAAUUCAUACUGGAGAGAAACCAUUUGAAUGUAAUGAAUGUGGGAAAGCCUUUAUAGACAAAGGAAGACUAACUAAACAUAUUAAAAUUCACAUAGGAGAAAAACCAUUUGAAUGUAAUGAGUGUGGGAAAGCUUUCACCUACCCAUCAAAGCUUAAUCUCCAUAUGAGAACUCAUACUGGAGAGAAACCCUUUAAAUGUAGUGAGUGUGUAAAGGCCUUCAAUUGCAAAGCGAGUCUUACUAAACAUAAGCUAAUUCAUACUGGAGAGAAGCCCUUUGAAUGUAAUGAGUGUGGAAGAAACUUCAGGCAAAGCUCAGCCCUUAGGAAGCAUCGGAAACUUCACACUGGAGCCACCCUACAUAAGAUAUUUCAUACUGAAGAGAAGCCCUUUGAGUGUAAUGAAUGUGAGAAGACCUUCAAACACAAAGCAAAUCUUAUUGAACACAAGUUAAUUCAUACUGGAGAGAAGCCCUUUGAAUGUAAUGAAUGUGGGAGAGGCUUUCGGCGACAUUCAUUACUUAGGAGACAUCAGAGACUUCAUACUAAAGAAGCUGUAUUACGUUAGUGAAUGUGGGAAAGCAAUGACAACUUCACACAUCAGGAGAAUCCUUUGAAUGUAAUGACUGGGAAGGCCUAUAGUUCUAGCUAUUCCUUUUGUAAGCAUUAUAAUUCACAAUGGAGAGUUACCUUUUAGAUGCAAUAAAGGUGGAAGAACUUUCCACAGUGCUGAUUUCUGGUCACCUUUUACUAUACUGCUCACCCUCUGUUUUGGCUACUCCUCCAGUUUCUAUCCUAGAGCCCCGUACUCCUGAUUUGUGAGAAUCUGCCUAAUCUAAUGUCUCUUAGGUCUAGCCCCCACAUCAUUCUCUGGGCAUCUUCUACCAGAUUCCUGACUCUUCUCCUUCCUUCUGCUUUCCUCAUCUAAGUCUGAAUGUUCAUCUGUUGCACACCCCUGUUCCUGAAAGGAACAGGUGGCUUCCUAGAUCCUGUUUACUGUCUUUCCUCAUUAGAAUGGGAGCUCUUGGAGUAUAGACUAUCUUGCUUUUUGCACUUGUAUCACUAGCACUUAGUACAGAACUUGGCGAUUUUAGCACCUAAUAAGUACUUGUUCAUGUACACUUUCUUUUAGAAAUCACAAGAAACCUCAUACCAAUAGAAACAAUAUUAAGGAAAUGGAUGCAGGAAAAUCUUUAGCCAUAAUCCAUACUUAGGAAUCUUGAAAAAAUCAAACUAGCUAGGGACGAUGUCAACAAAUAAAUGUGAAAAAGCUUUUUAGCAACAAUUCAUGAGCCAUUAGAAAAUUGAUGGUGGAGAAAUCAUAUGAAUAGAAUAAAUUUGGAAAGGCUUUGGAUAAUCACUUCAUAGAGACUGGGACUUUUACAGAACUUCAGGAUUGAAAGAAACUUCUUGGGGGGCCAUCUAAUCCAAUGAAUGCCUGAACACGAAUCCUUCUACAAGUGUACUCAUCUGACCUUUUUUGGAAACUUGUAAUGAUGCAACUUAUUUUGGCUUGUGAUGUAAGGCACUGGUCAAAAACGAAUUUCUGCCAAACUUUUUUCCAAUGGAAUACCAUAUUUUUUCGAAAAAGAAAAUUGGAAAGAGAAGGACCUUUCAAAUAAAUGGUUUGGGGGCAAAAUCAUUAUCAAAUACGGAAUGGAGGAAAUCAUAAAAGAUAAACAUUUUGACAACCUAAAAUUAAAAUGUUUUUGCCUGAGCAAAAUCAUUUAAAAUAAUGAGAAGCCUGUUUGAGAAAAAAAUUUCAUGAAACAACCAAAAAAGUCUGAGAUCCAAGACACAGAGAUGAAUGGUCACAGAUAUGCAGUUUUCCAGAGAAGAAACACAAAUGAUCAACAACAAUAUGAAAUUAUUCAUUUGAUUUUGCCCAGACAUUUGAUUGGUGUAGAUUGUUGAUUCUGUAAAUUACAGUAUUAAACACCGAACACUUAACGGUUAAAUAACUAACACUUGGGGGGCAGCUAGGUGAUGCAGUGGAUAGAGCAUUAGUCCCGAAGUCAGGAGGACUUGAGUUCAAAUCUGACCGCAGAUCCUUAACACUUCCUAGCUGUGUGAUCUGGGCAAGUCACUUAACCCCAAUUGUCUCAGCAAAAACAAAAACAAAAAAAAAAACUAACACAUGCUUUCACAGAGUCAGAGGCAAGAUUUGAACUCAAGAUUUUUCUGAUUCAAGAUGGCCUGGCUCUCUUGCUACUACAUAGUUUUGUCUCUCGGUCAACUAACAUUUAUUAAAUUCUUACUAUGUACUAAGCACUUGUGGAUAGAAAAAAAGGCAAAAUACCUUUUCUGUGAUUCAGGAGUUUAGUGUCUAAUAGAGGGACCAUCAUGCAAAUAUCUAUGUAAAAAUAGAGGAUAUAAAAAAUAAAAAUACAGAAUUUAUUUGAAGUAAUCAACAGAGACAAGGCACUAGCCUUAAGAGGAAUUGGGAAAGUUAUCUUGUAGAUGGUGGGACUUUAUCUGAGACCUGAAGGAAGCUAGGGAAGUCAAGAGACAGAUGUGAUGGGAGAAAAUUCUAGGCAUGAAAGACAGCCAGACAAAGUACCUAGAAUCUGGAAAUAAAGCAUCCAGGAAGCCAGUGUCACUAUAUUGAAAAGCAUCCAUAUUUUGGGGGAGGGAGAGGAGAAAAAAAGAGGUAUGAGUUAGUGUAAGCUAUAAGUAGACUCUCAGAUGAGAAAAUACUCCACAGUUCUUCUAAUAACAGAAAGUAAGUUAAAAUUACUAUGAAUUUCCACCUUACACCUACCAAAUUGACAAAGAUGUAUUAAGUACAGAAAUAAUCAACGUUGAAGAAACCAUGAGAAGAUGGGGACCACAUUAAACUAUCUGGCUUCCCACACAUUCUGUUAGUUUAACCCUUCUGGAAAACAAAUUGAACAUAGGCUAUAAAACAGUUCAAGUACAGGUAAUUGUUUGUGUCCUUUGACCCAGUGAUGUCAUAACAGGAGUCAAAGACAGAAAAUAUCAAAAUGUGUAUGUCAUUUUUCUGUGAUAACAAAAAACUUGAAACAAAGUAGGUGCCCGUCAGGUGAAGAAUAGCUCAAAUAUCAUAUUUGUCUUUUAUGUGCUGUUAUUUGUAUGUUGCUCCUGUGCUAUAAUGUGAGAGUUUCUUCAAGGCAGGGACUGUGUUUUUACCUUGUGUUCAGCUCAGUGUUUGGCACAUAGUACUCAGUAAAUGCUGUUGAUUGAAUUUUUGACCUAUGAAUGUAAUGGAAUAUUGUGGCAUAAGAAAUGAUGAAUAUGAAGAAUUUGGAGGAAAUUAAGAAGAUUUAUAUAAAUCUAGGAAGAUUAAAGUAAGCAGAACUAAGAACAAUAUGAAUGGUGACCAUGGUGAUGUAAAGGAAAACAGCUUUUAAAAGAUAUCAGAAGUCAACUCAACUCAAUAGCCAGCUGAAGUAUUGACACAGAAACAUACUUUUCUACCCAUUAGAAGAGGGGGGUGGUCAAUGAUGGGUGUAAAUCAAUCAAUAAACAUUUAUUAAGUGCCUACUUGUACCAGGCACUGUCAUGUUAUCA